AAUCAACGUAUAGUCUCUUACACAGGUACUGCUUUCUAGUAUUAUCUAUUAUAUUAUUUAUCUAAGGGUGCUGCUUAUACACACUGCACUAUCUACUUACAAUUUGAUGUUAUUCGUUUAUUAGCUAUGGAAGUUAAGAUUGCAAUUAAGAAAGAGGUUCCUGAAUAUUCCCUAUCAUCAUCAGUCGAUCUCCAAAUCUUAAAAAAUGAACCAGUUGAUGGUUACCCAGCUAUGGAAGUUAAAAUUGAAAAGGAGAAAGAGCUUGCAGAAGACGAACAAAAAUAUAUAGAGAAUUAUCUAUCCACAUCAAGGAUACUUCAAGAUUUAAAGAAUGAAUCAGAGGAAAAGCAAGCAGGUUGUUUGCAGAAUGAGAACCAAAUGAAAAUUAUGAAAACACUUGAACAUUCAUCUCAUAAAGAAAAGGAUUUGGGUAGAUACGCUGAAGACAAAAUAUUAAAUAAAAAAAUAAAAGUUCAAACUGGCAAAGGACCUUACACAUGUCCAAUUUGUUUAAAACAAUUUUCUCAGCGAUUUAACGUGUCAAUACAUUUGAGAACACACACUGGAGAAAAGCCUUUCAAGUGUGAUAUUUGUUUUAAGCAAUUUACUCAAGCAAUUCAUUUGAAAGAACAUUUGAGAAUGCACUCUGGAGAAAGGCCUUACAAGUGCGAUACAUGUUUUAAGCAAUUUAGUACAGGGAGUUAUUUGAAAUAUCAUUUGAGAAUGCACACUGGAGAUAAACCUUACAAGUGCGAAAUUUGUUUCAAGCAGGUUACUACAUCAAAUCAAUUAAAAUCACAUUUGAGAAUACACACUGGAGAAAAGCCUUGCAAGUGCGAAAUUUGUUUCAAGCAGUUUACCACAACGGGUCAUUUGAAAUUACAUUUGAGAACUCACACUGGAGAAAAACCCUACAAGUGCGAAAUUUGUUUGAAGCAGUUUAGUCAAGCCGGUACUUUGAAAUCACAUUUAAUGAUUCACACUGCAGAAAAUCCUUACAAGUGCGAAAUUUGUUUCAAGCAGGUUACUACAUCGGGCCAUUUAAAAUCACAUUUAAGAACACAUACUAAAGAAAAGCCUUACAAGUGUGAUAUUUGUUUGAAACAGUUCACUGCCGCAAAGAAUUUGAAAUCACAUUUAAGACUUCACACUGAAGAAAAGCCUUACAAGUGUGAUAUUUGCUUUAAACAGUUUACUGAGGAAAUUAAUUUAAAAUUGCAUUUGAGAGUACACACUGAAGAAAAGCCUAGCAAGUGCGAAAUUUGUUUCAAGCAGUUUACCUCAACGAGUCAUUUGAAAUUACAUUUGAGAACUCACACUGGAGAAAAACCCUACAAGUGCGAAAUUUGUUUGAAGCAGUUUAGUCAAGCCGGUAAUUUGAAAUCACAUGUAAUGAUUCACACUGGGGAAAAACCUUACAAGUGCGAAAUUUGUUUCAAGCAGGUUAUUACAUCGAGUCAUUUAAAAUCACAUUUAAGAACACACGUUGAUGAAAAGCCUUAUAAGUGUGAUAUUUGCUUUAAACAGUUUACUGAGGCAACUAAUUUGAAAUUGCAUUUGGGAAUGCACACUGGAGAAAAGCCUUACAAGUGCGAUAUUUGUUUGAAACAGUUAACUGCCGCAAAGAAUUUGAAAUCACAUUUAAGACUUCACACUGAAGAAAAGCCUUACAGGUGUGAUAUUUGUUUGAAACAGUUCACUGUCGCAAGGAAUUUGAAAUCACAUUUAAGACUUCACACUGAAGAAAAGCCUUACCAGUGUGAUAUUUGCUUUAAACAGUUUACAGAAGCACGUGUUUUGAAAUUACAUUUGAUGACUCAUACUGGAGAAAAACCUUACAAGUGUGGUAUUUGUUUUAAGCAAUUUACUACAGCGAGUUAUUUGAAAUAUCAUUUAAGAAUACACACUGGAGAAAAGCCUUACAAGUGCGAAAUUUGUUUCAAGCAGUUUACUACAGCGAAGUAUUUGAAAUUACAUUUGAGAACACACACCAAAGAAAAGCCUUAAAAGUGUGAUCUUUGUUUUAAACAAUUGACUCAGGCAAUUAAUUUAAAAUCACAUUUGAGAAUACACACGGGAGAAAAACCUUACAAGUGUGAUAUUUGCUUUAAACAGUUUACUGCCGCAUGUACUUUGAAAUCACAUAUGAUGACUCACACUGGAAAAAAACCUUCUUCUUCAAGUGCCCUGUCCGUUGCGAACGUUGGCUAUUAACAUGGCAAUUUUGAUCUUGUUUGCGGCGCUUCUGAAUAGUUCGAACGAUGUGAGCCCGAACCACUUCCGCAGAUUUUGGAGCCACGAGUAUCUUCUCCUGCCUGGCCCUCGCUUACUGUCUAUUUUUCCCUGGACAAUCAAUUGUAGCAGACGGUACUUAUCGUGUCUCAAUAUGUGUCCUAGAUAUUCAAGCUUUCUUUGUUUAAUUGUAUUCACGAUCUCUUUCUCCUUUCCGAUUCUUUGGAGCACCUCUAUGUUGGUGACAUGUUCGGUCCAGGAUAUACGAAGAAUGCGUCGUACACCCACAUUUCGAAUGCUUCUAGUUUUCUUGUUAGCGUCUCCGUCAGCGUCCAGGCCUCCACGCUAUACAGCAAGAUCGGAAAAAUGUAGGCAUUUAAACUAGACGUAGUUUUAGGGGCAGAGACAAAUCCUUGCUUAUGAGGAGCUUUUUCAUAUUGCUAAAUGCUGCUCUAGCUCGUUCUAUUCUCGCCUUAAUUUCUAUGGUCUGUUCCCAUUUUGCAUUGUUGGUGCCAAGGUACACAUAAGAUUCUACAUGGUCAAUUAGUAUGUUACUUAUCCGUAAUUGUCGAGCAGGUUGUUACAAGUGCGAAAUUUGUUUUAAGCAAUAUAGUCGAGCACAAUAUUUGAAAUCGCAUUCAAAAAGACACUCUAGAGAAGCAGCUCUUUAAGUAUAAAAUUUGUUUUAAACAGUUGUUAUUUAUCACAUAAAUAAACAUUAAAAUUGUAAUAAAGUUAUAAAGUC